CGACAUUCCGAUGUAACGGAGGAAACGGUGGUGAGAAGCACGUGGAACAAUGGAAUUGAAUUUCUAAUGUCAUGCAUCGCUAUGUCGAUUGGAUUCGGCAACAUCUGGAGGUUUCCGUUCACCGCGUACGAAAACGGCGGUGGUGUUUUCCUCAUACCGUACAUCAUCGUACUUUUUCUCGUUGGAAAGCCGUUUUACUACUUGGAGAUGAUCAUGGGACAAUUUUCCUCGUCGUCGUCGAUCAGAGUUUGGAACAUGUCGCCUGCGUUCAUCGGUGUCGGCUGGGCCCAAUUAUGCUCAAACGUGGCACUGAUGACAUAUUACAGUUCCCUGAUGUCUCUGACACUGUUCUUUCUGAUCGCGUCCUUCUCAGCCGAGUUACCUUGGGGGAAAUGCAGGGAAGAAUGGGCCGACUAUUGCAUGGAUUCUAGCAGAAAGAUAGAAAAUCAUACUAACACGAGUGAUAUCAGUACUUUCGCUAAACUGCUGGUGGACAAGGAAAAGAGAAGUUCGGCGGAACUUUACUUUCUCAAAGUGGUUCUUCAAGAGAAAGACAGCAUCGACGACGGAAUCGGGCUACCAGAUUGGAAAUUAACCCUUUGUCUACUCGUCAGCUGGGUCUCCGUUAUCAUGAUCACCUUCCAAGGUGUAAAAAGUUCAGGAAAAGCUUCGUACUUUCUUGCAAUCUUUCCGUACAUCAUAUUGGUCAGUCUUCUGGUCAGAGCUGUCACGUUAGAAGGUGCAGGAGAUGGAAUUCUAUUCUUCGUCACUCCGAGAUGGUCGAAACUCUUAGAGCCAACUGUUUGGUACGCGGCUGUGACGCAAUGUUUCUUUUCACUUUCCGUCUGUUUCGGAGUCAUCGUCACUUACUCCUCGCAUAACGACUUCAAGCAUAAUAUAUACAGGGAUGCGCUUAUCGUCACCAGUCUCGACACUCUCACGAGUUUCAUAGCAGGAUGCACGAUUUUUGGGAUUUUGGGCAAUCUGGCCCACGAGAUGGGUAUAAAGGACAUCGACAAAGUGGUGAAAUCUGGAGCUGGCCUGGCUUUCGUCUCUUAUCCCGACGCCAUAGCGAAAUUUACCUUUCUACCGCAGUUAUUCGCAGUGCUGUUUUUCGUGAUGAUGUUCGUCCUAGGAGUGGGCAGUACCGUAGGAAUGGUCUCGGGGAUAGUAAGUUCUCUCAAAGAGAAGCUUCCAAACGUGCAAAUUUGGAAGAUUGUGAUCACAGUGUGUUUAAUGGGAUUCGCCGUCAGUACAGUCUACGUCACUCCGGGUGGGCAAUUUUUGUUGACUCUGGUCGAUUAUUAUGGUACGUCGUUUGUCGUGUUCAUCUUGGCCUCCUUCGAGAUCACUGCUAUAACUUGGCUAUACGGUAUAGAAAACCUUCUGGAGGACAUAGAAUUCAUGUUAAUGAGAAAACCUAGUAGCUACUGGAGGAUCUGUUGGUUCCUCGUGACGCCGUUAAUUUUGAUAGCAAUUUUCAUUUACACGGUGGCUACUUUGUCACCUUUAACCUACGGUGAAAGAGGAUAUCCAGUUUCAGCUCAUGCUGCUGGAGCUAGCAUACUCUGCUUCAGCAUUUUUCAAAUACCAUUCUGGAUGAUCGUGGAAAUGCUGAAGAACAGGAAUCUACCUCUGUCACAAAACUUCAAGAAGUCUUUUCUGCCGACAUCGGAAUGGGGACCCAGAGAAAGCAAGUACAAAAAAGCCUGGCUAUGUUUCAAAGAAGAGAAAGCAAAGCAAAGGAGCACGAUAACUGGUCCAAGAUGGCUACGAUUACUGUACAUUUUAAUUGGUAGAAAUAUGAAAGAAGAUGGACAUUAGAGACUGAUAUAGAAU